UGGCAACGCCGAAAUCAUCCCAUUUAUCGAUUCUAUAUUCAAAUCAUCUGGUGUUUGUAAACAAUUGGAUACCGUCAACAAAUGUGAAGCUAAAUUUAUUCUCUAUUUGAAAUAGCAAUUUUCAAUUAUGGAUAACAAUAACCAACUGAUCAAAGAAAGAAAACCACAUUGUGAAAAGUUAUCUGAAAAUUAUACAAACCUAUUGAUCUUAAAUAGGGACUGUUGGCUUUUAGUUUGUGAUUUACUGUCUUGCCAAGAUAUAUUGAAUAUGUCCAAAGUGUCACAAUCCAUAAGAAAUCUUAUGCAGUAUAUUGUGCUACCUUCGAAAUUUAAAAAAUGGGAAAUAUCCUUUUCUCGCGACACUAUUAGUUUAGAUGACUUUAACUUUCUUCUAAGUUCGAUUUAUACGACCGUUCAAGCACUACGUAUAUUGUUUCUACCCGAUCGGCAUUUUGAACUUUUGAAAUCCUAUCGUUUCCCAAAUGUCACUGAAUUUCGUAUUACUUUAUCUCGACCCAUGGUUGAAACUGAUAUAUCCAACCUUUCCAAUGUAUUUCCAAAUUUGCGAUGUUUUUCACCUCAUGGAAUCUGCAGUAAAGCACUAGAACUAUUCACAAAUUUAGAAAAUUUGACGCUGACAGGCUGUAGAAACUUAAGCAAAAAUGAUUUUGGGCGAAUACUGUUAGCUCUUAAUUUGAAAUCAUUGACGUUAGACGUUUUUAAGAAGGUCACUCCUUUGUGUCGGGAAGAGCUCUUAAAAUUCUGUAAGAUUGAAGUCUUAACUCUCAAUCGCAUUGAGCUGGGGUGGAUUACAUUAUACGAUGAACAUAAUGCAGUUACAUUUGACAACCUUAAAGUUUUAAUAAUAACAGGUGGCCUUAAUGAAACAACAGAAGUAGAUAAACUAUUUGAAAAUAUUCAUUCGAUUGUGCCUCGAGCUAUCAGUUCUAUUGAAAUAGCCAACGUUUCCGCUGAUUUCCUUUAUACAUAUCUGAAUCCACGAAAGUACUACUUUUUGAAUCUAGUAAAAGUUCUAAAGUUUAUAAAUAUCGCCAUCUUAGACGAUGUAUUUGGUGCACCUAGUAAGUAUAAAGGUCUAAGGCAGCUUUAUUUUUUCUAUUGUCACACAGCGAUGAACUUGGACGUUUUAAGCAUUAUUUCGAACAGUCAGGAAUUAGAUGUGAUUAGCUUUGAGCAGUGUGAUAUGUCUCAUAUUGUUAUAAGUAAAGCGUACAUAAAUCAAUGUUUAUGUACUCGGAAAAAGCCAAUCAUAUUGAAUUGGUAUUCCUCAGAAAAGACUCCCGAUGUACAUUGCUGUAAUAAAUAUGAGCAUUUAAUAAAAUUAACCAAUAAGUCACAUCUUUCGAGUAACUAUGAUUCGAUGACAAUCAUAUUUAAGUAGUAUUUCUAUUCUAAUAUAAUUUUUAUCGAGUUAUUUCAAUAUAUUUAUAAACUAGCUGUUACCCUGUGCGCUUUGCUACACCUAAAUCGAUUAAAACUCUUAAGGGUUUUUA